AUGUGGGGCUGGGAUGAUCAAUUACCAAGGGCCAUCAAGGAGCGAUGGCUGGCUUACUGCAAUCAACUUCCGCGACUGAACGAUUUGAAAAUCGAGCGAUGGGUUCUAUGCGAAACUCCGUCGUCGAUUGAACUCCAUUUCUUCUCAGACGCUUCACAGCAUGCAUACGGCGCAUGUUGCUAUUUUCGCUCUGUCGACGCUUACGGCACAAUCAAAGUUGCACUACUAACAGCUAAAUCUCGCGUUGCCCCUCUUCAGCAGCAGACCAUUCCCCGCUUAGAAUUGUGUGGCGCCCGCCUAGCUACGGAGCUGUUCCAACAGGUUCACAAAUCUCUGAAUCAUUCUGGCGAAGUCUACUUUUGGGUGGACUCAACAAUUGUCCUCAACUGGCUGAAAGCACCUCCUACCACAUGGGUCACCUUCGUUGCCAACCGCGUAUCAAAAAUUCAACAGGUAACGUCACACUGCACUUGGAAUCACGUUGCUGGCCAAGUCAACCCCGCGGAUUGCAUCUCCCGCGGAACAGAAGCAGGAAAAAUUCUGAACGACGACCUGUGGUGGCACGGGCCCCCAUGGUUGCAGCUCGACCCUUGUUUCUGGCCAAACCAAUCGACAUCUACACAAAACGAGGAUGUUUUUCUUGAAGCACGCCAGGUACCAGUGAAUGCAACAGCAGCCGUCACCCCACCUUCAUUUAUCGAUUCGCUAGUGAGCAAGUUUUCGAACUACAAUAAACUACUACGCAUCAUCGCAUAUUGUCGCCGUUUCGUUCGAAGAUACAAACCAACUUCCGAACCGUCUACAUCACCAGCACAUCCGUUCCUCAGCUCAAAAGAGCUACAAGAAGCCGAAGCCGUCGUCAUUCGUCUGGUACAACAACAGUCGUACAAUGAGGAAUGGAUUGCACUGCAAAACUCACGACCAAUGCAAUCUAAAUCCAAACUUCGUUGGUUUCAACCCUUUAUUGGCAGUGAUCAGCUGAUGAGAAUCGGGGGCCGUCUAACUCAAGCGCCCCAACCUUACGAUAGUAAACAUCAAAUUAUUUUACCAGGAAAACACCCACUAUCCUCUCUUUUGCUUCGUUCACUACAUCACAACCAUUUGCACGCCGCCCCUCAGCUACUGGUGAAUGUUCUCCGCCUGCGAUACUGGAUCACAGGGGCCAGAAACUUGGCAAAAAUCGUCGUCCGAAACUGCAUUACCCGUGUGAAAGCUCGUCCUAAACUGCUGGAGCAAUUUAUGUCGGAGUUACCGUCCUCCCGAGUCACAGCAAGCAGACCGUUCUCCACCACCGGUAUAGAUUACUGGGGCCCUAUUUUGCUAAAACCACCCCACCGCCGCGCCGGUCCCAAAAAAGCUUUUGUUGCAGUGUUCGUCUGCUUCGCUACCCGUGCUGUUCAUCUAGAGCUGGUUACCGACUUAACUACAGCCAAGUUCCUGCAAGCUUUGAGAAGAUUUGUGGCACGAAGAGGACUAUGCAACACAAUCUACUCAGACAACGGACGAAAUUUCAUCGGUGCAGCGAACGAGCUGCGCAACCUAAUCAAAGACAAGCAACACCACCAAGCACUAGCCACCGAAUGUGCAGCCAACAACAUACGAUGGAUUUUCAACCCUCCCAAGGCCUCACACUUUGGCGGCCUGUGGGAGGCAGCCAUCCACUCCGCCCAGAAGCAUUUUGUGCGGGUUCUCGGUACUACUCUACUCGCCCACGACGAUAUGGAAACACUAUUGACGCAGAUCGAAUGCUGCUUGAAUUCACGUCCUCUUACACCCCUAAACGAUGACCCAACUGACGACGAGGUCCUUACUCCUGGUCAUUUUUUGGUUGGGUCCGCACUCAAAUCCGUUCCUGAUUUUGACCUUGCGGAAGUUCCUUGUAAUCGACUAACCAAUUGGCAGCUAGUUCAAAAGAAAUUCCAGAUAAUAUGGAAGCGAUGGCAUCUGGAAUAUUUAGCCACUUUACAGCCAAGAACAAAGUGGUGCGACCCACCUAUCAACCUACAUACGGGUCAACUGGUCCUGCUUAUGGACGAAAGAUCGCCACCAAUGCUCUGGCCGACCGCUAGGAUCGAACAAUUACAUCCAGGAGCCGAUGGAAUCAUACGAGUGGUCACACUCCGCACCGCCCAAGGUAAUUACACUCGUCCUGUAAGCAAAAUUUGCCUGCUGCCAAUCGCACCGUCCAAUGAAUCACCAACACCAACCGAAAGUCGACCAGAAACCGAAGCAAAACAACAGCAAUGA